AUGGCAGAAAUCGUCGGGUUGGUGCUAGAAGGAGUUCUCAAGGUGGCGUUUUCUAACAAGAAUACCACUGACGAGGGCCGCGUGAAGCACAUGAUCUCGCAGACACCGAGCAGAGCCGAAGAGAUGAUUCAACUUCCAACAUUCGAAAGAGCAGAAGAUUGGAAAAUCGUCACUUCGAUGUUCCGGUCGGAUCCCUUCAGAAAAUCAGUGGACCAAGCCCUCAGAAACCUAAUGGACGGACAUGGUUACCUUGGAUUCGGCCGAAGACUCGCGGACAGGGGAUAUCGUUAUCUGUCUACCCGUCGUCAAUCAUUUUCACCAAACUGGUGGCUCAUAUUGGAGCCUAUACCGCGGCCGCCGAGGAACAGCACCGCUCUAUCCACGAGCCAAUCUGGGGGGGACAAACUGCUCCAUGUGCUCUGUCGCAUUGGAAGUUACAACCUCCUUGUACCGCGCCUUCUGGGUGGCAUCAACCUCUGUCACGACUCCUAG